CGCCAAGUUUACACACAGCUGAAAGAAGUGGAAACAGAAAAAAGUUGAAAGAAAUUUUUUUUAGACAAUAUUUAGGACUAUAUAGUUACUUUCAGCUGAACUCAAAAAGUUGGACUUAGCCACAACAAUGGCUUCAACCAUUCAAAGGAAAUUGGAAUUCAAAGUUAGGAAAAGCUCAAGAUUGAGUGGAAAACCAGUUGAAGCCAAACUUACAAGUGAUUUAGAGAGGUCUGAAAAAAGGUGCCCUCGAAGAAAAAACAAAAAUCAAUUUAAUCUACCAACUUCUCCUAGAAAAAGAAGUGGAUCAGAAUCGGAACCAAACUCACCCGUUAAACUUCCACCCACUUGCUCCCCUAGUAAGAAGAAAAAAGAUGUUCCACCACCCAGUCUAUCUCGAGAAACACCUAGUAAAUCAUGUUUAAUGGAUAAAUUCCCAUGCUCAACUUUACCACUUUCACCUAGAAAAGAGAACAAUAAUGUAGAUCAUAUUUCCAAAAUAAAGCAAACAUUAUUGUCUCCUGUCAAAGAUCUAAUUUAUAGUGAGAAAAGGAUGACUCCAAAAAAGAAAAGAAAUCUUCUGUUGAAUUCUCCCAUCAAAGAGAACUUAUGUAUAAUUCCCCUUGAAAACUCUCCAACAAAACGGCAAUUAGUUCUUGGCUCUCCAGCCAGAGAAAAUUGUAGGGUUCUCUCCCCUCGUAAAUGUGAUAACUCCCCUAUCAAAGGCAGGAGACUUGUGUUGGGUUCUCCAGUCAAGGAUCAUAAAAGUCAAGCGUCACAUUCCAGUACACCUGUAUUUGCCUCCCUUUCAAUAAAAUCCAACAGAUAUUCAUCUUAUAACCAAGUAAAACAGUCCCUUCACACAGCCAAACCUGAGAGACUGGUUGGAAGAGAAAAGGAGGUAGGAGAGAUUAACCAGUUUCUGGAAAAGAAUUUAGCCAACCAAUCAGCUGGAAGUUUAUAUAUAUCUGGAGCUCCUGGAACAGGAAAAACAGCAGCACUACUUCAUAUUAUAGAUGAUGUUAAGACAGAUUAUAAAUGUAAGAUAUGUUAUUUAAACUGUAUGAUGGUAAAAGAUUCUAGUUCAGUGUUUAGAAAACUCUAUCAAGAGAUAACUGGUAAAGCUUUAUCAGGAAAACGAGAUCCAUCACGUAGCAUGGAAAAAUGUCUAACCACAAGUAAAACUAGCGUUAUAUUGGUUUUAGAUGAAAUAGAUCAGUUAGAUAGCAAAAGUCAAGAAGUUCUCUACACAAUUUUUGAAUGGCCAACUUUACCACAUUCUAAACUGAUUUUAGUAGGUAUUGCCAAUGCUUUAGAUUUAACAGAUCGUAUAUUACCUAGACUUCAAGCUCAACCAAAAUGUCGGCCACAAUUGUUGAAUUUUGCUCCGUAUAGUAGAGAACAAAUUACAGCCGUUAUACAAGAUAGAUUAAAAAAGUUAGAAAAUGAUGGUGUUUGUGUUAUGGAAGCUAGUGCUAUACAGUUCUGUGCUCGUAAAGUCUCGGCCGUCGCAGGUGACAUGAGAAAGGCACUAGAUGUCUGUCGUCGAGCUGUAGAACUUGUAGAAGCUGAAAUAAGAGGUCAACAAAUUUUAAAAACAUCAGUGUGUAGCAGUCCAAAGAAAGGCAGUCAUACUGACACACUGAAAAAAAUUGGUGUGAUGCAGAUAUCUCGAGUAAUAUCAGAAGUAUAUGGUACUGGUGUUAAAACCUCAUCUACAAAAGAAGAAACAGUCCCACUGCAACAAAAACUAGUCACAUGUUCCUUGUUAUUGAUGUUAAAGUCGGGAAAAAGUAAAGAAGUUAAUUUAGGAAAGUUGCAUGAAACUUAUGGAAAGCUUUGUAAAAAGCGUCAGAUGGCACCAGUGGACCAAUCAGAAUUCUUCAGUUUAUGUACAUUAUUAGAAGCUAGAGGUAUUAUGGGACUAAAAAAGGCUAAAGAAUCAAGACUAGCUAAGAUCAGUUUGAAACUUGAUGAAAAGGAGAUAGAACAUGCUUUACAGGAUAAAGUUUUAAUUACUACCAUUUUACAGGAGGGAUUACAAUGACUGAUCUGAAUUGUUAUUCCCUUAAAAACUAUAAUAUUGUGAAAGUUGAAUGUAUACAAGGAAUUUCUGUUCAAUAUCUUUGAAGAUAUGAUAUAUUGAAAAUAUUUCAUCUCAUUCUACAGACAAUAUAAACAUGAUCAAAACAACAGGAUGCCAGCUAUAAUCUUUGUGAAAAACUUUUUAUGGCAUCUUUUUAGUCCGAUUGAAUUGAUGCCAGGUGAUUAUCAACUAUUAAUGUUUGAUUUGUUUUCUUAUUGAAAUGAUCAAUUUGAGAAAUGUUUUUGUGGAUUUAGCUGUAAAAAAAAAAAAAAAAUAUUUUCUGAAAAAUCAAAAUGACGACCUGCAGCUUGAAUUGCUCAUGUACAUUGGUUAUGAUUAAUGUGUUUAAUUAAGGUACUUAAUACAGCCACAGAAUGUCUUUUGAACCAAAGUAUUAUAAAAACAUUUUUUAAAAAAUGGCAUGAUCUCAAAUUUUCACAGAUUGUCAUUAAAGGGAUAAGAUAAACAUGACUCAUAUUAGAUUGCUGUCAACUACUUGUGAGAAGUCCUUGACAAGAAACUGUAUUCCAAGUUGGGUUUAAAUCUUUACUACUAGUACUUUGUUGUACAAUACUACAUUGUCUGUAGAUUUAGAAGUAAAUUGAUGUCUGGCCAGUCAAUAUAAUUCAAGUUUUAUCUUGCCAUAGUGUGAAAUAUUUAUCACAUCUAUAGCUGACUCCCAGACUUCAAUGUUUACAUCUGAUAAAUUGGACAAUAAUUUUAAAUAUGGCUAUGCAGUUAAUAUCAAACACCAUUUGAAUAGAAGUUUUUAAUCCUUAUCUUAUAUUUCAAUAUUUUAUUCAUCUGUAUCUCAUUAGAAUCAUUACUUGAUUUGAUUUGGGUAGUAAUAAUUAUAUUACAAUAAAUUCAAAAAAUAUAUCUUAGUUUGGAAGAUAACAAUUGUCAGUAAUUGAUGAGAUGAUAGGAAUGUCUGCUCCUCUUCAACUGAAUAUAAUUUAGUAAUCUAUAUUGGAAGUAUCGGUAAGCAGAUAGUUUUCAUAAUCAUUAGAUCAAUACUAUUGUGGGAUAAAAUUUAGGGCCAAAUAGUUUGUCUGAUUUCCUCAAAGGAUGCUUGCUUCUAAUUUAUCUAUUUAAGUCAAAUGUAUAUUUUAAAUUAUUUCAUGUAUAGGUAUUUAAAAAUAUUUAUUUUUUAAACCCCUAUUAUACAAACAUAUAACUGCUGUUUAUUGUUAUACUUGAACAUCUAUAUAGGAUGUUAAACCUCAUUAUAUUUCGUUAUCUUUGAACCCACCAUUAUUUCGAUCUUUUGCAAGUCUGUAAAACAUCAACAAAAGCCUUUUAUUUUCUGUGUCAGGAACACAUGCUUUAACAAUCAAUCAGUAAAAACAAGAUUAACCAGUACCACAAAUAUUGUUGUUUAAAAAAAAGCUGGUUCAACAAUAAAUGUUCAUAAAAACCACCCUAAUUACGGAAGUUUGUCAAUGGUCAUGAUCUUGGUGAUCAAAUAAGAUACACUGCAUAUGUCAUUAACUGUUACUUGCUGUGAUUAUGCAUGUAAGGUAUCCCUUUACCGUACAUAGUGAUUGAAUUACAUGUACCAAAUUACAUGCAAUUUGGAUUAAUAUUUUAUCAGAAGCUGGAUAUUGGUUAUAUAUUAAUUAUGUUGACAGUUCAAUAGUUUAUUUAAAAAAAAAUAGAUAAUCACAUAGAAGAAAUCCAUUAUCUACAUUGCUGCAAAAGAUAUCUUUAUUGGAAAAAAAAUAGUUCUAUACAUGUAGGCCCACAUUAGAAAUGUGGUAUUUGAUCAAUUUGUAGACUUUGCUGCUGUAGAUAUGUUUACUGACUGGCCAACAUUAAAUAGAUUUAUUGAAGUUUGUGGGAAAUGUCCAUCUGGCUUGUUAGUCUUAAAACCAAAACCUCUGGGAGACAUCCUUGUAAUUAUGUGUAAAAUGAUUUAUGAUUAUAAAUAAAAUGUUAAAAAAAAAAUAUAUAUUUUAAAAAAUGCAAGAAAUAAUAGUGUAGAUUUGU